AUGACCGCGACAGCGCCACCACCUCUCUCUUUCCUCCCCUUCUUCUUCUUCUUCUUCACCGCCGUCUCUCCAGCUUCGGCCACACUCCGACCUCCGGGACAAGGACAACAACGAAACCCCGCAGUAUCUGGUGAGCCGGUUCGGGAGGAGAGGAUAUUGGAGAAUGGCGUGCCGCAGAAAAGCAGGUUGCUUUUCAGGAAGGUGUACUGCAACGUGAAGCUAGCUCCCGAGGACAACGAGCCCGAGGAGACGCUGGUGAGCCGGUUCAGGAGGGAGGUGGUGAAGGCGGGCGUGCUGCAGGAAUGCAAGCGGAGGAGGUUCUUCGAGACCAAGCGGGAGCCAAAGAAGCGUAAAACCCGAGAAGCUGCCGCUGCCAAGAGAUAUCGCAGCAGCAAGAGGCGCCCACAGGCUAAAAAUUCAAUACAGGCAAAGGAGGGACUCCGAAGAAGAAGAUGAAUGAUGGUUAUGGUGAUGGUGAAGAUGACGACAACUGGGAACUUCCUGAAGUAGACAUCGACAUUCCCUAUUGUUCCAAGCUUAGGUAGCACACUUUUGUGAGUAGUGAAGAAAAUAUCCGAAUAUAAUUGUAUGCCCAAGUAUAUAUGUUUGGUUAUACUUGUCUUUCCUGAUCUGGUGAUUCUAUUGCUGAUUUUACUCGAGUGAAUCGUCUCUGUUGAUUUCUAGAGAAGCAUGGCUUGAUCAGGGUGAUGAGUAUUGUUUGCGUGCUGGAGAAGUAUUUGGAGAAGGGAUCAUCUAUUUCUCACAUGUCCUGUCACAGGUAGUAUUUGGAGAAGUAUGAUGGGUAAGUUGGGAGUCUCUAGACCUGCAGCUAUUUGGCACUCCUGAUCUGUUUGGAUCCUUUGUGGAAGGAAAUUAGAUGCUAUCAUCUCGAGGCUCCUAUGGCAUAUUAUGUAUAUUGGAUGUGGCAGGAGAGGAAUUCAAUAGUCUUCAAGAAGGUAGCUGCUUCGGUUUCGAGUUUGGUAAAGAAAUUUGUAUAUAGCAUCAGUGAGAAGGUUCUUGUUCUGCCAAAAGUUAAAUUUAAAAUAGCAAGUUCAUCUUUAGCUGUCAAGUUGGGCAUGCGUGCCAUUGAUUAGAUUAUUUGUUUGCCCUGGUUGCUGGGUGCUGCCU